AUCGACACGUUGCAAAAGCAAAGACACGUCAUCACCGGCCAACACGACACGUGGAAAACCCCCGCAGUGUUUAAAUUGCUCACCGCCGGCUUUCGGCUCACUGAAAAAUGGCGAGCGGCGAAGAAGGUUGGCGAAAGAACGCAGACACGCACAAAAUGAGCUCCGAGGAGGUGCGGCGAGCCGGCGUGGAGGCUUCCAAGCGGCCGCCGGGUCACAACCCGGGCGAAAUCCUCCACCAGCGCCGGAAUCUACCCUACAAUCUCUACACAAUGACCCUCGCUGGCGUUGCCAUUGUCGGCGGUCUGUGGUACUUCACUUUGUACACCAAGAAAAAGCCCGAAGCCACCGCCGGCGACGUGGCUCGUGUCUCCGCCGGCGUAGCCGAUCCUCAGGACACCAAGCCAAGAAAAUAGUGAAGCAACAUAUAUGAAAUAGUUAGCUGAUCAGCUUCCCCUGCACUUGUAAUAAUUAAUUAAAUAGAAAAGAAAAAAUUGCCAUUUUCAUUAUAUAUAUAUAUUGCAGUACUUCA